AUGAGUGGUCAGUACCGUGUGCAAUCAGUUCAACUGUCGGAUUAUCUCAAAAAUCUUGAAAAUGCAUGUGAAUCGCCGAAUUUCGGUUAUACGCAUCAAGGCUUGGAGGAAGAGAUGGAAAGACAACAAACAAUUGAAGCAUCAUCAAAAUGGAUUAGAGAGAGUGUUACUAGUUCGAAUCAUGAUAUCCUGAAUCAGAUCAGUUAUAUAACAGAACGAGUUCAAACCAAUAAAGACUGUCUACACUAUCUCGCUGGAAUAACGAGUAUGGAAGAUAUUUAUUCUGAUGUGGCCGCAUUCAAUGCUAGACGUGCGCUCAGGUUGAUUAUGGAAAAUCCAGAUAAUAAAUUUUGGAGAAAGAAAUUAUCUGGAUCCGUAAAUCGAUGUUGGCAAAAUCUUGGUCGAUAUUCAGAACUGGCUACAAUACAUCUCAAAAAUGCCGCAGAUUUUCAUCAGUUUUAUUAUGAUGCCAGACACCUGGAGGUAAAACUGAACGACAGACAUAAGAAAUUCCUAUACAAUCAUGGACGUUUCGCCGAAAUGAAUCAUGAACAUUACACAAAUUCAUCAAAGGAACUUAGAGAUUGGCUGAGGAGUCAAUUUGAUCAUUUGAAUUAUAUGGUUAAUCGUUCAAAACAACUAAUUGAACAAUCAAAAUCGCUUGUACCAAUUUAUUUACGAACAAAUCGUAUCAAAGCGCCUGUAAAUGCUAUCAUGUUAUGCGAUUAUGAAACACCGAAAAUGAAACUAUCAGCUGGUGAAAGAGUUAUUCUAAUUGACAAUAUGUCAGGUGGCAUAAAUGGUAAACGAAAGUUCAUUCUAAGAACAAAUACUAAUCCAAAGGAAGAAGAAAUAACAGAAUCUGGUGAAUCAAUUAACUUAACGUCAGACGCAAUGGAUACUUGUGAAACAGAUACUGACAGCGGAUCACGGACAGAGGAAAUAGAUGAUCGAUCAAGUGAUAGUAAUUCUUAUUUACGCUACACAUCACCAAGAAUUUCUACAAUGCCAUAUUGGAAUUUUGGUCAUGGUCAAAGUAGCAGUUCUGAUGGUUCACCUUCAGAGCAGACAACUAGUACACUGACUGAAAAUGUCAGCCCACUAGGACAGUCCUCCUCAAAGCUACACUGGCACGUUAGAAGUCUUGACGGAAAAGUUGAGGCACUUGUACCAUCUGUUUGUGUAUGGAUACCAUCACCAGAUAUGGAAGCCCAAGAGAAAGCCAUUAAGCUGUAUAAAGUCAUCUUAGAUAACUGGAAUUAUAUAAUAGAUGAACAGUUGAAAAUAUGCCUUGAGUUUUUCACAGUCCUACUACAACGCUUUUUGGAGAGUGACGGUUUAACUACAGAUGACGAUGAAGCAUUUAACCGAUUCCUAAACAACUUAGUAUUCUCCUUAACUGAACCACCGACAGCUGAAGCUGAAAACUUCAACAAAGAGUUCCUACGACUUAUUAAUGAAACACGUGAACAUUGGAAUCGAACCAAAACAUUUGCAACUCGUAUGGCCGGGGGUAUUCAUUUACGCAGAACAGAAAUUGCAAUAUUUCAAAGUUUACUAGACUGGAAUAAAGCACACAUGAGAACUAUAAAACAAUAUGAGCAAGAAAAUAUUAUACCAGUUGAUUUAACACAAAAGCUCAAUGAUCUUCAAGAACAAAGCUUCCAUAUGAUGGAGACAGUGACACUUGUAAAUGACUUAGCUCAAAAGGAUAAGACAAAAUUGGAUAGUUUACUGAAUCAACUAAGAAUAUGGAAUAAACAAACUAAAGAUAAAAGUCAAUUCAAUAUCUAUCCGUUAUCAUCAAGUUCUGAUGAUGAAUGGUUAUCAAGUUCAGGUUCAGAGUAUAUCAAUUCAGAAAGCACAUACGAAUCAGUUGAUGAAAUAGAAACAUCAUAUAUUGCUCAAUCAAAGUAUACUAAACCAUCUCAAUUUUCAACCAGUCUACGUUUUCCUCAUAAGACGUUUAUUUUACCGUCUAUAUUCACAUAUGAUGAAGAAAUAGCAUCUACUUGUACCACAAGUGAAGAAAUUCAAAGCAUUGGUACUAGCAGUUCUUGUACAACAGAUGAUGAAAUUGAAGAUUAUCACAAGUUUCAUUCCAAACAAGAUUUUUACAGAGGACCUGACAGUAAUUUAGAUGAAAAUAAGAAUUAUGUAACCACAUUCAACAAACAAAUCUUGCUAACUCUUGAACCACCAGUUGACACAAAAGAUAAACCAAUGACCUACAAAAGCAGGAAGUAUAUCGAUACCAAAGAUGGAGGGCGUUAUUCAGUUGUUUAUAUUGAGGUUGCACCAACUGAGGAGACAAGCAUACAAGAUAUUCCUGAACAUGAUAGGGAGUCAUCGAAAACUUCGAAAUCGACACAAGUUGAUGAUAUGUCGAAAAAAACAAAGUUUACUCGCAGAACAUGGAUAGAAGAGCAGCACGUUGAAGAAGCAAAGAGUUUAAAGAAAAUUGAAGAAUCAUCUAGAACAAUUCAGUCAAAAACAAGUAAACUUCAAAGCAACGAUGUCAGUAUUCAACCUAAUCUAGACGUGGUGCCGUCUUAUGUGAAAUCCGAUGUUGUUAGUUGUUUGAUUGGUGCUGAAUCUGGUCGAUAUUAUUCUUUGCCUUGUUUUGUUAGUUCUUCUUCAUCGUUUUUGUAUGAUGGGGAUUAUGUUUUUGCUCCUGUACGAAGUGUCUCCGUCCAGUGUGAUAAAGUCACUUCAUUCUCCGCUUCAGUUGAAACUGAUACGAAAAUAAUUGUGGAUGCAUGGUGCCAGAGUCCGUCUGCUAAUUCAAGCAUGGUUGCCUCUGAUUCUGAUUUCGUCACACGUUCUCACUUAUCUCGACUUUUGUGCGAUUCGUCUGGAUAUCAUUGUUAUGAGCAGGAAGGUGCCACUCAGCCAGCUCCAGAAGAUGACGUUCCUCUUGACUCUGGAGAUCUAGAGUGGGAGCUUGUUGAUGAUAAUUUGAAGGUGCUGCAUCGCAGUCUAAUCAGUAGUGCUGUUCAGACUGAGGAACAGUACAUUCAGAGGUCUGAGUCUCAUAAAGAAUAUUACGGUCCUGCGUCCAUCAGUCAAACAGUCACUUAUUCUACUAUUAAUAGGAAAAAUUUUGCUGUUCAAUAUAUAUAUGAGCCUCUUCAAGAAAAUGUAGGUUGUCAAACUCAACCUUUAUGUUUAGAAGAAAUUCAGAAACCUAAAGUCCAUAACCAAAACGCUGAAACAAUGACUGACGAUACAGAGCCUCAAGUUGCAGUUUUGCUACAAAACAUACGUUCCACCGAUAUACGAGAGCGUCUCAUUGAACGGUACUACUAUUCUGCACCCCGUAGCAGUACACUUCUUUCUGAUGCAGAAGUUCAAGUUAAUCUACUGAGCACAGCCUAUAGAGGACAUACAAGAGAUUUCUAUCUAAAAGAACUAUCUACCGAUUACUGUAUUGAAAAUGUUAAAGAAAAUGAGGACAUCAUAGUGGAGGAAUCAAGUGGACAUAAUGAUAGUGAUCAAAGCUUAACAGCUACAACUACAACACUUUAUUCUGAAUAUGUUAAGCGUCUGCUUCAAGAAGGAAGUGUAACGGAAGUUUGGGAAAAAUGUCAGCCAACACAUUCUGUUUAUGAAAAUUAUCAAAGCCGCCGGGAGUAUGGUUCAGUUCGUGAACAAGCUUCCAUGGCCAUAGAAGAGCCAGUUGCUGCAGCGGAUGUGGGUAUUCAGAUUGCAUUUGAUUCACACUCACACACUUCACCUUCUGAUUCCGAAAUAUCAAGGUCUGAAUCCCCGCUUAGUGGAUCAAGUUAUACCUAUGAAGCAUAUUUGAUACGGUCAAGACUAGGGCAAAUUUGCGAAGUUCAGUGUCAGUUCUGCCCAACACACAUACCAACGGCUUCACAGACAGAAUACUAUGGAUUUGGUAUACAGAAUGAAAGACAUGAAAAGUUAAAUGAAAAUAUUUUCGAAAGUUAUCACAGAAAGCUAAUAAAAGAUGAAAUUGCAGAAGCAUGGACUCAAGUCGAACAAGAUUCGUAUGGAGACUCACAACUGGGACAUGUAACUGAACCUAUCGACAUAAUUGAAGAACGUUUUCUGGAAAUAACUGAGAAAAAGAGUAAAAAGGUGUAUAGUCAGAUAAAAAUUACUGAGGAGUUUGCAGAAGAAGAUGAUAUGAUUGUCUGUGAAUUGGGUGUACAAACGGACUCGUGCUACGAUCAACAAUACUUUAUUGAACCUAGGGAAACCCAUCCAGCAAUGAUCACACACGUGGAUAUUCAAAAACUAGUAGUUACUGAAGGUGUUCAAACACCAGUCAUUCGUUUGGCCAGUAUAAUUUCUUCAAGAGAUUUAGAAUGGGCUGAUGCAGAUUUGCGUGAAGUAAUCAAAACAGGCAUUAAAUUCCUUGGAUCUGAUGGUCAUAUAAGUGAAGACACUUCCAUCUUAAAAUCUAAAUCCCAACAUACAAAUAUUUACUCAAGAUUUCCAUUUGAUUCUCCAGAGAAAGUGCUUGUCAGUACAGGUACACAAGUAAUUCCAAUUGAAUCGAAUCUGGAGGAGAGACUCCAUAAGGAGUGGACAACAGAGUCUAUAUCUUUUCAUAAAUUAUCAGAACCAUUCCAACGAGAAUCUGAUGACGUUGUCGAGACAGUCGGAAUGCUUACUGAGGAAGUUCGCCACAUGUCUAAGAUUUUAGUGCAACUACGACAAAGGACACUACAAUAUGAACUAUUUGAAUCACAAUAUUCAACAUCCAGUAUGCACUGGAAUAACAUACGUGAAGUAGCCAGUCCAAGAACAGGAUUAUUUGCACCCGUUGCAAUGGCAAUAAGAAGAGGAUGGAUACGACUUGGUGAAGUGAAUGAGUAUGUGGACCCUAUGACUGGUGUUGCUAUCCCAUUAGAAACAGCCUAUCAACAAGGACGUAUCCGGCUGACAAGUUCCUCAGGCAGUUAUGAUAGAAAUAUUAUCACAAAUACACCCGUAUUAUUAUUAAUUGAAAGGGUCUACUUCAGUUGGUGUAAAGCUUAUCUAACUAGUGUUGUUGAUACAGCAACAGGUGAAGUGUUAUCACCUAAUGCAGCAAUACGGAAUGGUAUACUCGAGACAACUGAAGAUGAAAUACGCUUAUUAGACAGUUCAACCAAUACAUGGAUUACUAUCGAAGAAGGUGCUGGUCGACAGAUAAUACAACUAGAGCCAUCAACUCCUACAACAGAAUCUAUGGAGGAUGAAUUAGAUGAACCAGCCAGUUGUAAAGUUUAUCAGUUAACACAUGUUUGUCCUGGCGGUGAACCAUCUCCUUGGUUAGGUCCAUUAGAAGCUGUACGUUUAGGUUUAUUAAAUUGGGAGAAUGGUGACGUCGCUGCUGAUUGGCCAGCUAGACCAAUUCUACGCAGUACUGAUACUACAGGAAAUUUAUCAUCAGAAGAUUUUAUUCCAACAAGAUGGUGUAGCUUUUUAACAGCUAAACAAGCUGGUUGGCUAAGAUUUACUGAAGAAUCAGAACCAAGACGGUAUAUAACAACCUCAGGUAUGCCAAACAAAGAGCCAGGAUCACUUUUACUAUCAACGCAAGUUAAUCUGUUAGCUCCAUCUCAUCAAUCGUUAAAUUAUGAUGAAAGAGAUGAUACUGAACAAAAAUAUCAUCAUGAUGAUUAUUAUAUACCAAGAACUAGAUCAGAAGAAGUUUAUCCAAUUAGUGAUAUGACUUCAUCUAAUCUCUUCUAUCCAAUCAAUGUUAUGGCUGGUCAUAGUAAAAGUGCAUCAUGUACACGUGUUGAUACACAACAGUCCUAUAGAGAUUGUACAAUAAUUCCAUCACGUUUACAAAUACAACAUGAAUCAAAUGAACGUUCAUGGGCAAGUGAAACUCAAAUAUGGGAAGAAUAUCAAGAAACUUCAUCAAGAACUGUUUCACCGAAUGAUGAUACACGAUGCAAUCGAUAAGACAGACAUUAAACUUUACUACAAACUAAUAAAUAUACUUUCAUUUUGUUCAUAUAUGAUAAAAUAUGAAAUUCAAUGCAUUCCACCAGUGUUUAUGAAAACUUAUUCUUUAUGUAUAGCGUACAUAAGUAUGCAAAACACUGGAAUACAAUAUACAUGUAUACGAAAAUCUGAACCAAUGGGGUGACAAUUCUUACUGCUACUGAAAUUAUCACUACUACGGCUGCUACAAAUAUCAAUACUUAAUAUUAGAAUAUAUUUAAAUUAACUGAAUCAUUUGCAUAUGACUUACGAUUAAUUCUAUUUGUUUGCUCAUUCUUUCUGUUCCCAAUAUUUUCGUUGUGAUUUCCCUGCGUAUAUACAGAAAGGAGCGUGCGCACGCAUGAUGCACACAUACACAAAAAAAAGAGAAUGGGCACAAUGCCGCUUUUUUACUUUUUGAAGUGUUAGUUGUUGUUUUGCUUUCUUUUUCGCUCGAAACCUUUUUUCGUUUUGUACUGAUAAUAAAAUGUAUGGUCAUAAUCCUUGGUAUUGUUGUUUUUGUG